AUGGCUUCACCGUCUUCUCAACUGCCAAGUCCAGCUUCACUCUCAGCUGAACACGGACUUCCUCCUCAGCUCAUCCCUACUCCAAAUUAUAAGAAUCUAUUGAUACAGUUUACACAGAGGGCAAACAUUGCAAUGCCUGAGUUCCGAUCGCAUAACGAGGGAGCAAGCCAUGCACCUGAGUUUAGAUGCAGUGUGUUGGCAGAUGGAUUGGUUUUCACUUUGCCAAUUACUUUCUUCCAUCUAAGAGCUGCUGAGCAGGAAGUCUCCAGGGUUGCGUUGGAGUAUCUGGUCAAGAAGACUAAAGACGAAGGCCGCUCGAUUAUUUCCAAGAGUGUUACAUUUUGCAAGGGAAUGCUACACGAGUAUGCUAUAAAGCUCAAUGUAAAACCACCUACAUACAAUACUGUGGAGUAUAAAAAGCAGUUUCCAUAUUUUGUAUGUACUAUGGAUUUCAACUGUACAAGUUACAUUGGAGAAGCAGCUAGAAGAAAAAAGGAAGCGGAGGAUUUAGCAGCUCGUGCCGCUAUUCUCUCAAUCCUAGAUAUAUCCGACUCGGGGAUUAUGCUGGUUCAGAUGAUCAAGGCAAAAGCUAUGCUUUUCAAGUCUGUUCAAUCAAAGACCUUGCAGCCCACUUGUGAUAAUGUAAUUGUCUCGCCCCUAGAAAAGACUGCACUUUCCCUUGAGCUUGUCCAGGAAUUGACUGAUGAAAACAAGGGCAUUGCUGAUCCUGCGGGUAAUGAUAAUAUUGAAACCGCACGUUCUGAGCCUGGCCAAGUUGUUUCCACACAUCAACAGCCUGAGAUGCCAAAACCUGAGUCAGCACCUGAAGCUGCAAAGUCUCCAAAUGGUUCUGAGCAGCCAGACAGUGCACUUCCGGUUGAUAAUGCUGUGAGUGCAAAAAAGCGUAGAAGGAACAAUUACAAGGCUAAUAAGAAGGCACGGAUGGAAGCUGAGUUAAAAGCAUUAUCUAGCAGCCAAGUCGAUCCUCCUUCUGUGGCACAGUAA